AUGGAAGCGUGGUUAAGCUUGUGUUUCAUAGCCCUGCCCGCGGUACUAGCCCUUUGGUUUCUCAAGCUCUCCAGCGGCGAGAGCAAGCCAGGCAAGCGGCUGCCACCUGGGCCAUGGACCCUGCCGAUCAUCGGCAGCCUCCACCACAUCGUGAGCGUCCUCCCGCACCACACGAUGACAGAGCUCUCUCGCCGGUACGGGCCGCUGAUGCUCCUUAAGCUGGGCGAGCUCCCCACGGUGGUGGUUUCCAGCGCCGAGGCAGCUGCGCUGGUGAUGAAGACGCACGACGUCGCGUUCGCAAACCGGAAGAGCAGCGUGACGCUGGACAUCGCCGCCUGCGGCGGCAACGGCAUCUUCUUCGCCCCCUACGGCGACCGGUGGCGCCGGAUGCGCAGGAUCUGCGUCACGGAGCUUCUCAGCUCCAAGUGCGUGAAGCGCAUGGAGGGCGUCAGGGCGGAGGAGGUGGGCCACCUCCUCCGCUCCAUCGCAGCCUCGGACGGCGCCGUCGUCAACGUCAGCGAGAAGGUGUCGGCGCUCAGCAACUCCGUCGCGUCGCGCGCAUUUUUCGGCGGCAAGCUGGCGCAGCAGGACGUGUACCUGCGGGAGUUCCACCAAGUCAUGGAGCUGAUGGGAGGCUUCUGCCUCGUCGACCUCUUCCCGUCGUCCCGGUUGGUGCAGUGGCUGAGCAACGGCGAGCGCCGCAUGAAGAAGAGCUACGGCAGCAUCCGACGCAUCAUCGAGGACGUCAUCGAGAGGCGCAAGGCUGAGCGCCUCGCCGGUGGCGCCUGCAGCACCGAAGACGAGGGCCUGCUGGACGCGCUGCUCAGGAUGCAGGAGGACUCGUUAGCAUCACCGCUAACCACAGACGCAAUAGGCACCAUCUUAUUUGACAUACUUGGAGCUGCCACGGAAAAUGGUGAUGCAUGUCGACAUACUUGUGCCAUGAAGCAUCACAUUGUAUCUUUAUGCAUUAGAAUAAGGGAGACACGUUGCAUAGAACAACAUCUUCUAUCAACGUGGUCAAGCAUGGAUUAUCAUAUUUUGUUCUUUGCCUUUGCAAUGUUGAAUAAAGCAUAA